GUUAGCUCUUGCGCCGUAAGCGCGCAGAACGGCUGCUGGCGGAGCAGCCGCGGAAGCGCAGAUAUCAGAUCUGCAGCCAGUUCCCACAAGUCAGCGUGCGCCGGUAUAUCCGUUCGCGACCAGCGGCACCUAGUGUGUGUGUGUGCGCUGUGGUGCUGUCACAAGCAGGCAGCAAGCGCCGCGUCGUCGCAGGGCCGCUGAUCACCAGGCAUCCGACGGACACGAGAUGGCCUCGCUGUUGCGGCAGCUGCUGCUGCUGGCCUCGUUGCUGUCUGCGGCACACGGGGCGCGCAUCCUCCACGUUGUUCCGAUCCCUGCGUGGAGCCACUGGCACAUCUUCCGGACGCUCAUGUGGGAGCUGGCGGACAGGGGCCACCACGUCACCAUCAUCACGCCACUCGCCGAGAAGGAGCCUCACCGCAACUGGACCAUGGUGCCUGUCGCGGCCAACCUAGACAUCAUGCCCAGUGCCGGGGUGGACAUCUUUGACUACGGCAAGGACAAAAUCGACAUAAUGAGCAGACUGUUCCUCUACGGAGAACGCGCCUGCGAGCGGCUGAUGGAGGAGGAGGCAGUACAGCGGCUUCUGAAGUCGAAGACCGAGCACUUCGACCUGCUGAUCAACGAGCUGUUCUUCAACGACUGCUUCCUGGUGCUGGCCCACAAGUUCCAGGUGCCCAUCGUGGGGCUGUGCCCAUUAGAGGGCGCGCCGUGGAUGGACGACAUGGUGGGCAACCCGACACCGCUGGCCUACCUGCCCAACAUCUUCCUGGACUACGGCCGGCUCGACUCGCUGCUGGACCGCGCUGGCAACGCCGCCUUCAGCCUGCUGACCAAGCUGUACCGGCGCUACGUCUACCUGCCCAGGGUGGACGCCAUUGUCCGACGCCAUGUGCCGGACGCUCCCAGCAUCGCCCAGCUGGAGCAGACCACGGCGCUCGUACUGCUCAACUCGCACGUCGCCUUCAACGUGCCGAGGCCGAUGGUCCCCGGAGUCGUCACUUACGGAGGAAUGCAGCUGAAGCCUCCCAAGAAACUACCACAGGACCUGCAAAAGUUUCUCGAUGACGCUCCAGACGGGGUGAUAUACUUCAGCCUGGGCAGCUACAUCAAAGGCACCGACCUGAGGCCGCAGGACAAAAAGGCUUUCAUUGAGGUCUUCUCCCGCAUUAAGCAGAGGGUCCUUUGGAAGUACGAAGACGACAAUCUGCCUGGGAAGCCGGACAACGUCAUGAUUUCCAAGUGGCUGCCGCAGGCUGACAUACUCGCACAUAAGAACGUACGGUUGUUCAUGACGCACGGCGGCAUCAACAGCAUUCAAGAGGCGCUGUACCACGGUGUUCCACUCAUAGGAUUCCCUGUGUUUGGAGACCAGAACUGCAACAUGAACCGCGUGGAGUGGAUCGGACUUGGAAUCAAAAUACCAAUCUCAAACGUGUCCGUGGAAUCACUCACUUGGGCUAUAAAAGAAGUCUUGGAAGUGCCAAGUUACCGAGAAACGGCACAGCAACGCUCUCGAGUAUUGCGAGACAACCCGAGGCCGCUGAAGGAGGAAGCCGCCUACUGGGUAGAGUACGUGCUGAGGCACAGAGGGGCCCCCCACCUGCGCUCGGCGGCCCUGGACCUCACCUGGUACCAGUACCUGCUUCUCGACGUCAUCGCCUUCAUUGUGCUCGUUGUCGUCGGUGUGUUGGUAGCACUGCUUCUGGUACUGAGGUAUCUCCUGAGGUUAUUUCGGAAGCCAGUCCCGAAAAAGACGAAGGCAAAAAGUUCUAAGAAAAGGGACUAAUUUCUCACAUAUUUCCCAUCAAAAGCUCAAGUGAUCUCUGUCCUUGAAAAGUGAUAUUCUCUUACAUCGUUGAAUCUUCUCAUUUCAUUUCUAAGCGUCCCUUGUCUCCUCUUCCUCUCAUUCGCUAAUUUUCACUGCCUGCUGCUGAAGAAAGUCUCUUAUUCUUUCUUGGUCGACCUAUUUUGCUGUUUCCAGUGACUUUCUUUUCCUCUUCUUUCGGAUUCCUCGGCUAUUUCUCCUUUUAUUUCCAUAUCUUCUCCCUGUCAGAUGUCUCUUCCACUUUCUAAAGUUUGUCCUGAUUACUGAUAAGGACUAAAUACACGCCUUUUUCCGAGCUCUUUGUUGUCGGCGCCUUCAGCGAAAUGGUGUCCCAUUAAAAUUUCUAGAUUUACUAACCAGUUAAAGUGCGCACUAACGGUAAACAUAAGAAAAUUUUUUGGUCAUAAAUAUACCAGUGAAUUACCCCACUUCAUAAAGUAUGACGGCCGAGUUAAGUUUCCGCAGCUAGCGAAGAUACCAAUUCGUAGUGCCCCUCCCCCCCUUUCCCCCCAUCAUCGUAGUCUACACAACCCUUGCAACAUAGCAUUUCAUUCCGUCUUUCUUCUAUAUUGUUUGCAGCUGUAUCCCUGUGUGGUUCCCAUUUUUCCUCUUUACCCGUUAUUUACUCACAUUAUUUAUCUUGCCUUGUUCACAUUUUUGAGUCCGUUGUCAUACCUCUUUCCAAAGACCGAGCAUCAAAGUUCUUACAUUACCUUCGCUCACUUGUCUCCCUCUAUCAAAAGUUGCGAAAGCGUUUUUUAAUUACUAUUAUUACACAUGAAUACUCAACUUGUUUAGUAUAUUUCGUUAUGGCACUAUUCAGAGAAGUAGUAGGCUACAAAAACUACGGUCGCAGGUUCGAAUCCUGCCUUGGGCAUGGAUGUGUGUGAUGUCCUUAGGCUAGUUAGGUUUAAGUAGCUCUAAGUUCUACGGGGCUGAUGACCUAAGAUGUUAAGUCCCAUAGUACUCAGAGCCAUUUGAACCUUUUUUUUUGCUACAAGAACUACCAGAUGUACAGAUGUACCGAGCAGUCAGAAUGUUUGCUAAUGUCAAAGCGGAGCGAGUAUUAUUGUAAUUUAUUGUAUGUUAUGAAGUGCAAAUGUUUGAGACUUGAGAAGUGUGAAUCAUUUUGUAUAACACCACAGUGUGUAAACUAGUUAUUACUUUUCUCUCUUAUGCAUUCUGUGCUCAAUUUUGCAGUAUGAGUCUGUGUGUGGAAAUAAAGAGGUCAAACACUUCGUGUGUAGUUGUAUCACAAUAGUGUGCGAGUCCCAUUCUCAGGCAAUCCACAAAAUAUAAAUACAGCAUAGUUUAUUCCAAGCAUCCCUACAGAAAGGGAAUAAAUGGCGAAGAAUGUUCUUAAAAGUAUCAUAGACCUGUUUUUUGCGAAUGGUAUCGACCUCAAUUUUAAAAGACACAACAUAUUCACUUCUGCACAUCUAGUGGUACUACAUCAGUCUCAAGAGUAACAUGUGAUAAUGAAGAAGAAAUACGGUAAAACUGCAAAAUUCCUAGGUGCUAAUAUUGAUGAAAAUUUAAAUUAGGAAAAAGCGCAUUUUGGAACACUUAAAACAACUUGGUUCAGCCACAGUUGCACUUUGAAUGACUGCAAAUCUUGGGAAGAGAGAAAUCGGUUAGUAGAUAUAUUUUGCAUGUUUUCAUCAAUAAUGUCAUAUGGAAUAAUGUUCUACUGCAAUCAUCAUUAAGAAAGUAAGUCUUCGUUGCUUAAAAACGUGCUAUAAGAAUUGGUGCACGAACACGAUCAUCUUGCAGACACCAGAAGGGAAAAUUAAAUUUAUUACUUCACACUAAGCUGUCUUUAGCACAAAAAGGAGUACACAACGCUGCAAGUAAAAUUAAAAUUUUUGGAAACUUAACCAGUGAUACAAAACGUUUGAUACAGAGCAAAGUAAAAUUUGAGAACUAACUGAAAAAGUUUCUCCUCGACAACUCCUUCUGUUCCGUAGAAGAAUUUCUGUUAUCGUAAUGUGUAAAAGGUGGUAGGCAGGAGUUAACUAACAUCUGUAUAUUUUUUAAGAAAUUCAGCGUGUAUCCAUGUUUACAAAUUAAUGUGCGAUAUAAAUAUAAAAUUAUUCGUUCCAUACAAUUACGAUAUAUCAUGCAAAUGAU